AUGAACCAUACGCAAAUUAAUGCUCUUCUUGGACUAUUACGAAGUCAUGAAUGCCAUUCAAAACUCCCUAAAGAUGCUAGAACGUUAUUAAAAAUGCCAAAGCAUUGUGGAAAAAUUAUAAAUGUUACACCGGGGCAGUAUCUCCACGUGGGCAUCAAAGACAAAAUUGUGCAAAAAUUGUCAACGCUAAAAUGUCAUACAGUGCCCUCCCAAAUUGUGAUUGACAUAAGUACGGACGGAGCAAACAUUUACAGAAGUGUCGAUUUUGAUACUUGGCCGAUACAAUUCCGAAUAAAUAAUAUCGAAGAUAAAAGGCCUAUAAUUGCAGGCCUAUACGCAGGACUAACAAAACCAAAAGACUUCAACAUGUUAUUUGAAGAGUUUAAUUUAGAAUUAUUGGAAGUGAUUAAUAAUGGAAUUCUAUUUAAUGGUAAAAAUAUUAAAGUUAUAUUAAACUGUUUUAUAGCAGAUACGCCGGCCAAAUACGCUUGCCUAAAUAUUAAAGGACAUGCCGGUUACAACAGUUGCGAUAAAUGCAAAGUUCCUGGCGAAAGGCACAAACCUUUGUACCUUUUGCAGAAUAAGCAAGGAGGUUACAGGAUUCCUAGUAACUUCCUCGCCUAA